AUGGCCACCGCAGCCUGGGACGGAGAUGAUUUCGAGAUGCUGGCGCCCAUCGACACGAAGCCCUGUCAGGCCGGUGCGCUCCAGAACUGGCUGAAUGCCCGUCGCCGCGCGACGCUCGAGCUGAGCGCAGGGACAGUUCUGACCGGCUUCUCCUUCGGAGCUCCGGUGUCGGUCUCUGGCGAGGUGGUCUUCAACACGGGCAUGGUGGCUUACCCGGAGUCCCUCACGGACCCGUCCUAUGCAGGUCAGAUCCUGGUCUUCACCUACCCGCUCGUGGGAAACUAUGGGAUCCCUUCCGAAGACCCGGAUGACUUGGGCUUGUCGAAGUGGUUCGAAAGCGACCGAAUCCACGUAAAGGCCGUGGUGAUCUCGGACUACUCUUACGAGCCCUCUCACUACUCCUGCGUGCGCACGCUGGGGGACUGGCUGAACAGCCAGGGUGUGCCGGGCAUCUACGGCGUGGACACGCGCAUGAUCACCAAGAUCAUCCGCCAGGAGGGGGCCAUGCUUGGCCGCCUAUUGGUGAACGGCAGCGACGGUUGCCAUCCGGCCAUUCCUUUCGAGGACCCCAACACGAGAAACCUGGUGGCGGAGGUCUCCCGCUCUCAGAAGCAGACUUUCGCACAAGCAGCGCAGGGCCAGAAGGAGGUGCACAUCAUUGCCGUGGACUGCGGCAUGAAGAACAACAUUAUUCGCUGCCUGGUGGCUCUUGGGGUUCGACUCACCGUGGUUCCUUGGGACUACGACUUCAGCCAGGACCACUUCGAUGGCCUCUUUCUCAGCAACGGCCCCGGGGAUCCGAGCCAGUGCGCCCAGACGAUCCGCCAUGUGAGAACGGUGAUGCAGCAGCGCCCCAACACACCCAUCUUCGGCAUUUGCCUGGGCAACCAGAUCUUGGCCCUGGCGGCUGGGGCGAAGACUUUCAAGAUGAAGUUCGGGAACCGUGGGAUGAACCAGCCCGUCGUGGACCUCCGAACGCAGCGCUGCUACAUCACCGCUCAGAAUCACGGCUUCGCCGUCGACGCCCAGUCCCUUCCCAGCGGCUGGGUGCCUCUCAUGGUGAACGCGAACGACGGCACCAACGAAGGCAUCAUCCACAGCUCCAGGCCCUGGUUCUCCGUCCAGUUCCACCCCGAGGCCUGCGGCGGGCCCAUGGACACAGACUUCCUCUUCAAGCAGUUCUUGCAGUUCAUCGCCGAGCCCGCCUCCACGGCCGUGACGACCAUCCCUUACUCCCUGCCGCUAAGCUAUCGCAAGGUUCUGGUGCUGGGCUCCGGCGGUCUGACGAUCGGCCAGGCAGGAGAGUUCGAUUACUCGGGCAGCCAGGCGCUUAAGGCCCUGAAGGAGGCCGGCAUCAUGUCCGUGCUGAUUAACCCGAACAUCGCCACCGUUCAGACCUCUGCCGGCAUGGCUGACCGCGUUUACUUCUUGCCUGUGACCCCGGAGUUCGUGACCAAGGUUAUCGACCGCGAGCGCCCGGACGGCAUUUUCGUGUCCUUCGGCGGCCAGACGGCCCUGAACUGCGCGUGCAGGCUCCACGAGCAGGGGGUCUUUGAUCGCUUCAACGUGCAGGUGCUGGGCACUCCCAUCGAGGCCAUCAUCAAGACGGAGGACCGCGACCUCUUCAGCCAGGUGGUGGACGCAUGCGGCGAGCGGAUCGCCGAGAGCAGCUGCUGCGGCUCGGUGGCGGAAGCCGUCCAUGCCGCAGAGCAGAUUGGCUACCCAGUGCUGGUGCGGGCCGCCUUCGCCCUUGGCGGCCUGGGCAGCGGCUUCGCCGACAACGAGAACGAGCUGAGGAAGCUGGUGACGGUGGCUUUGGUCAACAGCCCCCAGGUGAUCGUCGACAAGUCCUUGAAGGGCUGGAAGGAGCUGGAGUAUGAGGUGGUGCGAGACAAGAACGACAACUGCAUCACGGUGUGCAACAUGGAGAACUUGGACCCCAUGGGCAUCCAUACAGGCGAGUCCAUUGUCAUCGCACCCUCACAGACGCUGAACAACGAGGAGUACUACCGGCUCCGGCAGUGUGCCUUGAAGAUCAUCCGGCACUUGGGCAUCGUGGGCGAAUGCAACAUCCAGUAUGCGGUGGAUCCCAAGAGCUCUCAGUUCCGCAUCAUCGAGGUGAACGCCAGGCUCUCGCGCAGCAGUGCCCUUGCCUCCAAGGCCACGGGGUAUCCUCUGGCCUACGUGGCUGCCAAGCUGGCGCUGGGCCACGACUUGGCGCAGCUUCGCAACAGCGUGACGCGAUGCACCACUGCCUGCUUCGAGCCAUCUUUGGACUACGUGGUAGCCAAGGUGCCCCGCUGGGACCUCCAGAAAUUCUCCACGGUGGACGCCCGCAUAGGCUCUGCCAUGCAGAGCGUGGGCGAGGUCAUGGCCAUCGGCCGAACCUUCGAGGAGACCAUCCAGAAGGCCUUGCGCAUGGUCGACGAGGCAAGCCCAGGCUUCGACCCUGCGCGCUAUGAGAUUGAGCUGGAGAGGCGAGGGAUCAGUGCAUCGGGGCCGGAGUUGGAGAAGGAGGUGAAGAAGGAGCUCAGCAACCCAACCCCUGUAAGGCUUUGGGCUGUUGCGAAGGCUUUCGAGCUUGGCAUGGACGUGACGGAUGUCCAUCGCCUCACCAACAUCGACCGCUGGUUCCUGGCCAAGCUGCAUGGCCUGCACCAGCUCAAGGUGGCCCUGCGUCUCAUGGACUUCUACGAGCUCCGAAGCCAUCCCGCGGUCCUGCGCGAGGCGAAGUGCCGCGGCUUCUCGGAUUGCCAGAUUGCAGCGCUGGUCUCGGCUCCAGCGCUGGUGCACAUGGAGAUGUCCCCACGGCUGCUGCCGACGGACUUCGGGGCAAGCCGCUACACCGGCGGUCCUGUGACAGAGGCGCACAUCCGGCACUUGCGCAGGAGUGCGAGCAUUGUUCCCAAAGUAAAGCAAAUCGACACGCUGGCGGCUGAGUUCCCGGCAGAGACGAACUACCUCUACCUGACCUACAGCGGCGAGGAACACGAUGUGGAGCUGCCCGGCAGCCAGGCUCCCACCGACGAUGACUGCUUGCCCCCGCUUUCACUGCAGCCGUCCAUACCGGAGCCAAUGUCACUGCAGACCCCACAGAGCCAGAAGGCAGAGAAGGAGUCCAGGGUGGUGGUGUUGGGCUGCGGGCCUUACAGGAUCGGUAGCAGUGUGGAGUUCGACUGGUGCAGCGUUUCCUGCGUGCGCACGCUGCGGAAGUUGGGUCACAAGGCUGUGGUGGUGAACUGCAACCCUGAGACAGUGUCGACGGAUUUCGACGAGUCCGACCGGCUGUACUUCGAAGAGCUAAGCCACGAGCGCGUGCUGGACAUCGCAGAGUUGGAGACGCCGCGGGGCAUGGUGGUGUCUGUGGGCGGGCAGACGCCAAACAACUUGGCCCUCGGCUUGCACCACUGCGGCGUGCGCAUUCUGGGCACCUCCGUGGAGGCCAUCGACACGUGCGAGGACCGCAAGAAGUUCAGCCAGCUCUGUGAUCAGCUUCGCAUCGACCAGCCACAGUGGUCCCAGUUCGAGACUUUGGGGGAAGCUCGCAACUUCUACCGAUCCGCGGGCUUCCCGGUGCUGGUCCGGCCCUCCUACGUGCUCAGUGGCGCGGCCAUGCGCGUGGUCACCAACGACUCCGAGCUCGAAGUCUUCCUGAAGACGGCCGCCGUGGUCUCCCGAGACCACCCCGUAGUGAUUUCCAAGUACAUCACCGGUGCAAAGGAGGUGGAGCUGGAUGCCGUGGGCAGGGCCGGCGAGCUCGUGAACUAUGCGAUCGCGGAGCACAUCGAGAACGCCGGCGUGCAUAGUGGGGAUGCCUCCCUCCUGCUGCCGGCGCAGCGGCUUUUCGUGGAGACGCACCGCAAGGUGAAGAGUAUCUCGCAAAAGCUGUGCAAGGCUCUGAAGAUUUCGGGGCCCUUCAACAUCCAGUUCAUCUGCAAGGACAACGAGGUCAAGGUCAUUGAGUGCAAUUUGAGGGCCUCGCGGUCCAUGCCUUUCAUCUCCAAGACCUACAACGUGAACUUCAUCGAGCUCGCGACUCGCGUUAUGGUGGGCAUGCCAGUGCGCUCAGCGGUCAUCCAGCCGAUGGACAUCGACUUCGUGGCCUGCAAAGCGCCCAUGUUUUCCUUCGGGCGCUUGAAGAACUCCGAUCCUCGGCUGGGCGUGGAGAUGUCCUCCACAGGUGAGGUAGCCUGCUUCGGCAUGAACGCCUACGAGGCGUUCCUGAAGAGCAUGGUAGCCGCGAAUUUCAAGCUUCCCUCGCAGAGCAUCCUCUUGUCGCUGGGUUCCCCGGCAGCGAAGAGCGAGUUCGUGAGCUCCGGGGCGGCCCGGCAGCUCCUUGAGAUGGGCUACUCCCUUUACGCAACCAAGGGCACGCAUGAGCACCUCGUAGGCGCCGGGCUGCAGAGCAGCAUGGUCUUCAAGCCUCUGGUGAAGAGGGAGCCGAACGCCGCCACGCUCCUGCAGGGACGCAAAGUCGACCUGGUGAUCAACGUGCCCGACUCUAUGGACUCGGAUGCUCUCACUGACGGCUUCAGGAUCCGCCGGGGUGCCGUGGACUCAGGCACGUCGCUGAUCACGGACAUCAAGACCGCCAUCUUCAUGUGCCACGCCCUGCACCGGAAGUGGACGAGGGAGGCGAGCGGCAAGCCCUUCUGGGACAUCUGCUCUUGGCAGGAGCCAGUUCUUCUAGUUGCCGAAUCUCUGGGCGCAGUGAUCGCUCUGAGCCUCGCCUUGAAGCGGCCGAGCCUGCCCCAAGCUUUGUGUCUGCUGAAUCCAGCUACGAGCUACCGAAGAAGUGCCUUGUCCUUGGUGGCUCCAGUGCUGCCCCGCCUCCCCGAGCAGCUGUACACCUCGCUGCCAGCGGUAGUUACGCCCCUCUUUGGCAAGCUGGGCUGGUAUGACCAAGUUGUUCAAGAAGAUCCACGGGCCAGUCCGGACGAGGAUGGCCCGUUGGCAGAGCUGAUGCGGAUAAGCCGCGGUCUCAGCCGAGCCCUGCCGCCCGACACGCUCCAAUUCCGUGAGUCGGCCUACCUUCGAGAAGGCGUCCGCAGACUGGAGCCGCUCCUUUUGGAGCUCCGGCUGCAAGAACCUCCAUGGCUCCAGCAGACACUGCUGGUGGCUGGUGAUUCGGAUGCUGUGUUGCCAUCCAUGGCCGAGACGGAGAGGUUGCUCAAGUUGAUGCCAGGUGCCCAGCGCAAGGUCAUCCCUGGUGGGGCGCAUGCAUGCUUCGAUGAUGUGACCAGCGUGAAUCUGCUAUCGCUGUUGACAGAUGCUGGCAUCGUCCAGUCUUUGACAGAGGCUGCCCCAGAGGAGAUGAGUCUCGUGCCAGAGAGCUGGUUGGAUGCCUCACUUAUGCAGGCGAGGACAUGGGUGUCUCCGGUGUUCCUCUCCGUGCUCCCUGGGGGCCAGAUUGUUCGAGGGCUCCCGCAACUGGCGCCAGCGGCCCUGCAAGAAAACCCGAUCCUUUUCGUCGGGAAUCACCAGCUGUUCAGUUUAGAUGGUAUCUUCCUCGUGGACGAGUUCCUCCGAGAGCAGCGGCGGCUUGUGACCGCUAUGGUGUACCCGCCUCUGCUGAAUGAAGUUUCUCCACUCGCUCCGCUCCCCUAUCCCUUCCCGGGCUCGCGGCAGCUGUUCGAGAAGUUCAAGGUAAUGCCCACGAGCGCCCGAAACUUGCUUCGUGCGCUGCGGCCCAACCGAACAGGCAAUGUUGACGGACCAGGCGCCGGGGCGGCCUUGCUGUUCCCCGGGGGAGCCCGGGAGGUCUUCAAGCGAAAGGGAGAAGAGUAUCAGCUCUUUUGGCCUCCCCAGCCUGAGUUCAUUCGCAUCGCUGCCAAAGCGAACGCCACGAUCAUACCCUUCAGCGGCAUUGGAAGUGAUGAGUUCUUUGCCGGGACGGUGCUGGAUUCGAGCGAGCUGCUGAACAUGCCCGUGGUCGGCGACUGGCUCCGUGAUCGAACACAAGAUCUCCCCAGCUUCGUGGAG